AUAGUUUACUAUAUUCUAGCUCGUUGCUUCAACUUCAAAAUACAUAACCUCAAACAAAAAUAAACAUAUUGAAUUUUAAUUUCUUCAUAAAUUCAGUUCAAUUGGGGUUUAGUCUUUUUUACUUAGUAAUUCAUUCAGAAUACUAACUUAUACAUGUAAAUGUUUUUACAAAACUAAUUUUACAAUGACUGGUGGAGACUGUUUGAAUUUAUUGAUAGAAUUCGGUGGUGGAGCAGAACUUUUAUUUAAUAAAAUCAAGAAGCACAACGUUUCACUACCAAAAAAUGACGUUCCCUGGACCAUUAAAAAGCUUUUGGUGUGGAUAAGAGAUAAUUUACUUGCUGAGAAACCAGAAAUGUUCAUCCAAGAUGAUAGUGUGAGACCAGGCAUAUUAGUACUUGUGAACGACUCUGACUGGGAGCUAUUGGGACAACUAGAAUAUAAACUUCAAAAUAAUGAUAACGUUAUGUUUAUUUCAACUCUUCAUGGUGGAUGAAUGACUUUUAUAAUAAUACAAUAAUUUGACUGUGAUUAAUAAUUCUAUUUAUUAUUCAUCAUUUCGAUAGAGAAAUAAAAGGGAAACUUCCCAA